AUGACUCCUCCUUCAGCCAACAAGCGCCGCCGAAGCUCCCACAACAGCCCCGGUCACUCCUCGAAACGCGCCAAGCGGAACAGUGACGGCACCGCCAGCCGUCGCGGCAGCAAGCAGCAGAAUGUGGAAAGCAUCGACCUAGUUGAUGAGGACAAUCCUCUGGCAGACACGCUUCAGAAACAACGUGCGGAGCAGGUACAGGCACAAGGAGCUCCUCCAACCGACGCGCCAGUGCGCUUGUCCAACCUCACUUGCGUCAUUUGCAUGGACACGCCCAAAGAUCUUACAGCCACAGCUUGUGGUCACCUCUUCUGCCAUACUUGCCUCAUGGAAGCUCUUAUCGCCGGUGAGAACCGCGUCAACAGCCAUGGCGAGCAGCGCCGCUCCCAAUGCCCCGUGUGCCGCAAGACGCUGUCGCGGACCAAGAACGGCGACGUGAUCCCGCUAGCAUUGAAGCUGAAGAAUGGACUGGCGACGCAGCCGCGGCGGAAGAGGACCAGUGUGGUCGAGGUAUGA